AGUUUGCGUGAAAUGGAUACAUUUCGGCCCUUCACUUUCUUCGCCGUAGUUUUGUUACUUGCACAAAGGGCAACAGCAGAACAUGUUGGGAGGACCAACAUAUUAGGGGCGAUAGUAGAUAACAGCACUCGCUUCGGUAAGGAACAGAAAGUGGCGAUGGAGAUGGCGAUCAAGGAUGUUAAUGAAAAGACAGGCCCAAGGUGUGGUUUGCGCCUGAUAACUUCUCAAAGCAAACCUUAUCAAACAGCACUUGCAGCUUCGGAGCCAAUCAAUAAGCAAGAAGUUCAGGCCAUUCUGUUACCGCAGACAUGGGAAGAAGCUUCUCUAGUUGCAGAGAUUGGGAACCAGGCUAAAAUUCCAAUUCUUUCUAUUGCUGACUCAACGCCACUUUGGGCAACAAGGCGGUGGCCCUUCCUGCUUCAAGCUUCGCCAGACAGGAAUGCACAAAUGAAAGCCGUAGCUGCUAUUGUUGCCUCUUGGGAAUGGCAUCAGGUCACUGUCAUUUACGAAGACAUCGACUCUUUCCGCAGUGGAAUCACACCUCAUCUUUCUGAUGCCCUGCGAGAAGUAGGAGUAGAAAUAGGCAAUCUUGUAGCCCUCUCACCAUUCGAUUCUAAUUCUUCAUUGUCUACACAGCUUGAGAGGCUUAAAGGUGAACAAUGCCGAGUAUUUUUGGUUCAUCUCUCCUUGCCGUUGGCCGAGAACCUUUUUGUGAAGGCUAAAGAAAUGGAAAUGAUGGACAAAGAUUAUGUCUGGAUAACUACAGAUUCCGUCACAAGCCUUGUCCAUUCCCUCAAUUCCUCUACCAUUUCUUCCAUGCAAGGAACUGUAGGUGUCAAGAGCUACUAUAUAUACCCCAAAAAAUAUCCCCAUUUUCAAAACUUCCAUGCUAGAUUUCGCAAAAACUUUAGCUUGGAAAACCCAGAAGAGGAAAACCAUGAACCUGGGACUUUCGCUUUCCAGGCCUAUGAUGCUGUAAGGACAGUGUGUCUAGCAAUGAGGGAAAGUAGCAAUGGCGGCCAACAAUUGUUAGAUAAAAUUGUUAGAAUUGUUAAAUUUACUGAUGACGGGAAAGUAGCUCCUGCAAAGAUAUUUCAGAUCGUCAAUGUGUUUGGAAAGAGUUAUAAUGAGCUCGGGUUCUGGUCAGACGACGCUCGCGAUGGAAUUAAAAAGGGCUUCUCAAAGACGACUGAUGAAAGAGCUGUAUACAACGCUUCUAUGGGAAGCCUAGGGAAGGUGAUUUGGCCAGGCGGACCUUGGGAAACUCCAAGAGGAUGGACUCCUCCGACAGACGCCAAUCCACUUAGGAUUGGCGUACCCACCAAAUCGACUUUCACACAAUACGUGAAAGUCGAACAUGAUCCUUUAACAAACAAAACUUCUUAUGAAGGAUAUGCAAUCAAUCUGUUCCGAGCAACCGUUGACAGUCUGCCAUUCUCCCUGCCAUACAAUUUAACUCCCUUCAGUGGAAGCUAUGACGACAUAGUGGAGCAGAUUUACUUAAAGAAAUUCGAUGCGGUAGUUGGUGAUGUGGCGAUAGUGUCGAAGCGAUAUAAGCAUGCAGAAUUCACGCACCCAUACACAGAAUCAGGACUGGUGAUGAUAGUUCCGGCUCGAACACAAAACAGUAACAGAGCAUUGCUAUUCAUGAAGCCCUUCACAACAGCCAUGUGGUGUCUAAUAGGAGCCAUCAGUAUCUACAAUGGCUUUGUCGUGUGGUUGAUAGAGCGAAAGCACUGCCCCGAACUCAAAAGUUCCGCUUUCAAUCAAACCGGCGUCUUGCUUUGCUCAUCCUUCACUACUCUCUUCUCCUUACAUGGGGGAAAACUACAUAGCAAUCUAUCACGGAUGGCAACGGUGGUGUGGCUGUUUGUGGCACUAGUCCUGACGCAAACUUACGUGGCUAACCUUGCCAGUAUACUCACGGUGCAACGGCUUGAACCCACAGUUGCCGACGUUGACUCGCUGCGGAAUAGCAAUGCGAUGGUUGGAUACUGCAGGGGAUCGUUCGUCAGAAAUUAUUUGAUGGAGGUCUUAAACUUCCACCCGAAUAACAUCAACAGUUAUAACUCCCCCGUAGAAUAUGCCGACGCACUCAGAAGUCAGAAAAUAGCAGCAGCCUUUCUUGAAGCUCCUUUGGCCAAAUUAUUUCUUGCAAAAUAUUGCAAAGAGUUUAUCGCAGCUGGACCAACGUUCAAAGUAGGCGGAUUCGGAUUUGUGUUUCCGAGGGGCUCUCCGCUGCUUCCUGAUGUAACUAAAGCGCUACUGAACGUGUCUGAGAGUGGCAGGUUACGAGAAUUAGAGGACAGAAUGAUUGCAUCUGAGAAGUGUGUGGACGGGGAGUCAGUUGUCGACAUGUCUAGUCUUAGCCCCAGUAGCUUCUGGGUUCUUUUCAUUUUGACAGGAGGAACAUCAACAAUUUCUCUUCUGGUCUACGUUGUUUGGCACAAAAGGUUCGGACAUAGAACUGCCUGGAGACUGGUGUUGGCUGUGAUGAGACGUUGGUGGCAUCGGAAGAAGACGUUCUCUCGAAGAGUCAGUGAUGUAGAUACAUCUACAAAUUUUUCAAACACGUCUAAUUCAAGGACUCAAGUUUAAUUAGAAGAAAGAAGUUUGACAAAUCCUCCCACAAAUAUAAACUGUUUUUGCUUACUUUAAGAUAUCUUACUAGAUCGUAAGGUCCUUGAGGAUCAUCAGAAUCUCAUCUUAUAAUUUAGGUGAUACUCAUAUAUCUUUUCAGAAGGAUUUUUUUUUUUUUUUUUUUUUUUCCUUUUUUUUUUUGGAUGCUAUGUAGAACCGAAGAUAAAAUUUAGGUGAAACCUAGCUACAAGCAAAAGAGAGAUUUUUCGACAGCCAUGAAUCUACACUUCCUGAAAUUUGUUUGGUGAUUUACCUACUAAGUCUUGGACUUGGACAAUUACUUUUUCACUUGUAAAACAUUCCAGUGUUUUACAGUUUAGUAAGUUCACCAGGAAGUCAGAUUAGAGUUGUUCGUAAGGCCAGAGACGUUGAACGAAGAGCUUGUAAAGGCAGAUUUAUGCAUAUCAUUUGCAUAUAGAUGUACUUGAGACAGUAUUGUAUAUUUGUAAUUGUCUCAUACUUGGAGGCUCUAGUUUGUAUCGAUGAUAGUAGAUA